GGAGCUGGUGUGUGAAACGGGUAGAAGUAGAACAUUUCUUGAAAAAGGUAAAAGCACGUCAGAGAUGCCUCAGCAGCAGCAGAUGAGCGGCGAUUUAAGAAUGAGCUUAAGACCGACAAAGGAAUUGCAAGCCUCCGGCAUCGACAUCUCCAGCACCUUCUGCUACAGAUCUGGGACGGUCGGGCCUCCCGCUCCUCGGAUGCGACGUCUCUCGAGGAGGAUUUGAGAGGGUGAGGAGGAGGAGAGGAGGUAGUGAUGAGUUCGAAGAGCAAAGGAGGAGAUACUGUGGCGAGGAGAUGGACCCUUCUGCUUUGCCUGGGAAGCUUCGUCACUGGCCUCCUCUUCACCAACAGAAUGUGGACGGUGCCGGAAGCAAAAGAUAUAAUCAGAGCAAACAAGGCCAAAGAACAUAGAGAAGAGCUCGUUGUAGAAGGAUAUUAUUCAAAAAUAAUGGACCAGAAGGAAGAGGCGAGAAAAAUUCUGGGGGAAGAAGGCUCAACAACUGAAGAUGACCUUCAAAUGCUAAAUAAAGCAAUAUCAAACUUAGAGAUGGAGCUAGCAGCAGCAAAGAUGGCACAGGAGUCUAUACUCAAAGGUUCUCCUAUUCCACAAGAACUGAAGGUUAUUAAAACAAGAAGACACAAAUAUUUUAUGGUUAUAGGAAUUAAUACUGCUUUUAAUAGCCGCAAACGAAGAGAUUCAGUUCGUGAUACGUGGAUGCCACAAGGUGAAAAAAGAAAGAAGCUAGAAGAAGAGAAGGGCAUUGUCAUCCGCUUUGUUAUCGGUCAUGGUGCCACUUCUGGUGGAAUUCUGGAUAGAUCAGUUGAAGCUGAGGACAAAAAGCAUGGUGAUUUCUUGAGGCUUAAUCAUGUUGAAGGAUACCUAGAGUUAUCAGCCAAAACAAAAACAUAUUUUGCCACCGCUUUCUCUUUGUGGGAUGCAGAGUUCUAUGUUAAAGUUGAUGAUGAUGUACAUGUGAAUAUAGCAACAUUGGGAAAUACUUUAGCAAGACAUCGUUUGAAACCUCGAGUAUAUAUUGGAUGCAUGAAGUGUGGUCCUGUCCUUGCUCGAAAGGGGGUGAGAUAUUAUGAACCCGAACACUGGAAGUUUGGAGGGGAUGGCAACAAAUACUUCCGACAUGCUACUGGUCAAUUGUAUGCCAUUUCGAAUGAAUUGGCCGCCUAUAUAUCCAUAAACCAGCAUAUACUGCACAAGUAUGUGAACGAGGAUGUAUCAUUAGGAUCUUGGUUCAUAGGAUUAGAUGUUGAGCAUAUUGAUGACCGCAAACUAUGCUGUGGCACCCUACCUGAUUGUGAGUGGAAGGCCCAGGCAGGCAACACUUGUGUCGCCUCAUUCGAUUGGAGCUGUAGUGGUAUCUGUGAUUCUGUUGAUAGGAUCAAGGAAGUUCAUCAGCGUUGUGGCGAAAAUGAAAGCACAAUCUGGAAUGCAGUUUUUUGAUCAGUGUAUCCCUCUUAAUUGGGUAGAGGCUAUACUGUUGUAAAACUGUAUAUGUGUAUCAAUAGGAAAUGUAUGUUUGGUAGGGGAAUUGUAGUGGAAUGGUCUUUGGAAACGGCUCUCUUCAUUUUUACUAGAGAAGGCCCUAAAUCUAAAAUGGGGUUAGGUUGGGUGAAUGUGGUGUUUCCGAGCACAUUCUUUACAAUGUACUUGACAUUGUCUGUCUAAUCUCCUACAUAUGAUUACUGGUA